GGUCCUCUCCUACUGCGCGGGCGGCGACCUCCUGACGCACAUGCGGGGGAUCUCCGGCGCACCCGCGGAGCGCGAGGAGCCUGGCUAGGCCCAUCGCGCGGCGACUCGUUGACGCCGUGAUGCAGAUUCACAUGCACGGGCUGGCACACGGGGACCUGAGCCUCGAGAACGUGCUGCUGGCCGAGGAGGGGGGCGGCCCGCAGGCCGUGGACAUCCGGCUCAUCGACUUCGGGUGCUCCACGGGCCCUGCUGCCUCAGGGCUACGCGGCAAGCCGAGCUACCAAGCCCCGGAGUUGCACCUGGAGGCAGAGUAUGAUGCAUUCGCCGUGGAUGCCUUUUCCCUUGGCGUGAUGAUCUUCACGGUGGUCGUGGGGAAUUAUCCUUGGAGCUCCACGCGCCCUAGCGCUGGCGGCUGUCAAGUUUUCCAGUUCUAUGCCGAGAAGGGCUUGACUGCCUACCUUCAGCGGCGCAGGAUUCGGGUCGAUAACCAGGUCGUGGUGCUCUCGGACGUCUUGUCUCCAUCACUGACGGAUCUGCUUGCCGGCCUGCUCGCGGUAAACAGCUCAAAUAGGCUUACCGUUGCAGGCGCCUGCAAGCACUCCUGGCUGGCGGCGCCGUAGAGGUAGACGCUGCCCAGUGUGUUUGCCCAGUCGAAAGCCCGGUGAAGUCGGGUAUUGGGAUUCAGCCAGAAGCUUCAGCAACCCUUCCCCUUGAGACAUCUCCGUUCCCCGCUCGAUUCGCGUCGGGAUCCCUUUUGCCUGUUUGUCCUCUUGCUAUUACGCCUGAGGAGUAUAUCAGAAUGGUAUUUUUGAGUGUCUGCAGCGAUCGUGUGAAAUAUUCUCCCCGCGCAGAUAGCGCUUUACGCAGGUCCUCUCACUGCUGUCAGCGUUCGCCGCAGGAUCUUCAGGAGGGAUAGAUCUGCGCAGCUGGCGUUUCAACUGGCGAUUCAGGCAGCGAUGCUGCCGUCUCGUGCGCCAAGUCGCCUUUGGCUUCGUGUCUGGUCUGCUGCCUGCUGGGCAAUGACAUCACGAGAAGCGCCUCUUUCACGGGGCUGCAGAAAUGCCAGAUCCAACCGAUUACCCAGUGUGUGCCCCCAACCAUCCUGUGGCGUCGGGCCCUCGGGCUGCAGAGACAGCAUCGCGCUCUACUCCUCCCGCUGCCCCCUCCUCCCAGUCCUGUCUCUGCCCUCCGCAUGUGCAUGCCGGCACGCCCCUCACACGGUC